AGAAAAGAAACCAAAAGUGCGAGGAAUUAGGCACACUAACGUAUCCCUCUAUCCUUUCAUAUACUCCGGAAGAAUUGCGGAUUGAAAAAAAAAACAACACAGCCGGAAGAAUUGCGGAGUCCACAAGCCGGACGGGGUUCAGAGACCUUUCUGGUAUAGAGAGGAGCAGCAAUUUCUUGAGAGCUUUGACUUUCUGGGAUUGGGUGAAGCCUGCGCCGGAAGAUUCUUCAGCCAUCGAAGAGUUUGUUUCACCUCAACUUGUUUUAUUUAUUGUUAACGAACUCAAGUUAAUCAGUUUUUUUAUUGACAAUUAUUCAAUUCAGAUUUUAGCUUUGCAUCUAAGAGUUGUACUCUCACUGCGUUCACUUUUGUCGAUUAAUAUGGUGACGAUAAAUUUCAUGCUGCUCCAUGUUUUAUCUCAAAUUGCACUAAAGUGUAGCUAAAAUUUUCAAGUCCAAGAGUAUGAUGAUGUAGCUAUGAUUUAGUAUGAAUUUUAGUUAUAUCAAUUUAUUGAUUUUAUCCA